GAAGAUGACUGCGAAGCGCAACAAGCGGUUGUGGGGUGCCAAGGCGAAAGGGAUGGCUGCCGCCAGUGCUGGUGGCAGCGGAGGCGGCGGCGGUGGUGCUACGCGAGCCAGCAGGGUUCAAGCAGCAAUAACGAAGCACAAACAGCAGCACAAACAGCAGCACAAACAGCAACAGCAACGGCAACAGCAACGGCAACAGCGGCGGUCGUUGUUUGCAGCUGCAAAGCCAGCAUCACACCGAGCACAGCCACUGAAGGCGAUGAACGGGUUGGGAAUGAUGGCGAGCACAUCAAGGCCAACACCAACAGCACCAGCACUUGUGGCGUCAGCAGCAACUACGUCAAUGACUGCGGCAUCCAGUCAGAAACGAGGCGUCCGCGAUGCUGACUCGGCUGCACACGACUCCGCUAAUGUGACUGGAGAGGUGCAGGCAAAGCAACCAAAGCGUGAUCCAACACCAACAUCGUCGUCGUCAUCAUCUGCGUCGGAGCACGCUGCAACGAAUCAAGGAGAAGAAGCGACGUCCUCAUCAACUACCUCGAACGAGGAGCCUCAGUCUGAAGCCGACCAAGCACAGCAGCAGCAAGAGGAGCAGCCUGUCGAGGAAUUUGAACCACACCGGAUCGGGCAUUGCUUGUGCACCACGAGCGUGGUGAACGCAUCAGGUGCGCGUCGCAAUCGCCCUGUGGCAUCCUCGCUGAUCAUGGCCGUGAAGGGAGCCAUGCCGACAGAGCGACGGCAGCAACGUGGAAUCGCAGCCAAGGCCGGCGGUUUCAUGUACAACGAAGUGCCCAUCGUCAUGCUGCGCUCAAAUGGCCAAGCACCCCUCCAAGAAUACCCGCUGGUGGGCAACAUUGACCGCGUGUUUGCUGCGCUGCGCAGCGAGGGCAAAGCGACCAUCCGCCUCAAGUCGCCCCCUCUCGACAUCUUCAUCACAGGCGCCUGCCCCGAAGCCCUCAACCUCUUCCUCUCCACGCUCUUCAGGGUGCACACGCAGCCGUACGACGUGAAACUGCCCAGCAUCGAGCGCGCACACCGAACCCUCGCCCUCUCCCAGGCGGCGAACGUGCAUGUACAGCGAAUGACAAUCACAGAGCACAGGGCGCUGCCCAAACACUUUCCGCCAAACCUCAAACUGCUGCGCAUCAACAGCCAAUCCCUGCGCACGCUGCCACACGCCACGCUGCGGUUACAGCACCUCAACACGCUCGACCUCUCGCGCAACGCAUUCGAGGCGCUACCGCGGGGUCUGCGGCACCUGCCGCUGCUGGCGUCCCUCAACAUGGCCAACAACAGACUCGAGCGACUGCAGCUCGGCCUUCUGCCCCCGGCACUGCGACACAUCGACGUGUCGCACAACAGGCUUGUUCGGCUCCCAACACACAUUGAUCACCUGGCAGAACUCGAGCACAUUGUCGCAUCCAAUAACCAAAUCAGGGAGGUGCCGAGUCGAUUGUCGCAGCUGCGGAAACUGCGUGUGCUUCAGCUGGCGAACAACAGCAUUGAGUGGGUUCCAGAUGAAAUGCACGCCUUCACCACACGCCAGCUGCAGACACUCAACAUGGCAGGCAACCCCAUGCGCGCUCCGAACCCCUCAGACCGCAUCGAUCCGCCGCAGCAGUCCUGGCUCCCGCUGCAGGAGCUGGUUGCGCGGGCGUAUCUGCGGUUUGGAUUCAAGCACAACAGCGUCGAUGUCCCAGAGACGCUUCAACUCGUGCUGUCGCGCGCGUGCCGCUGCUCCAACUGCGACGGGCCCUUCUGCUCGGGCGGCGUCUCCGGAUUCCGCCAAAUCGACCUCAGCCCGAUGGCCGAGUCGUUUAUGCCGCCUGCCAUUGGCGGUGUCGUGAGCGCGCGGUUACACCUGUGCAGCACCAAGUGCUGGCAGCAAGCCAUGUCCCGCGGUAGCAGGAGACGGUAGGCGCUUGUGUCUUCAACACGGCCACCACCACAGCUAUCGCUGGUAUCAUCGAACAGAUCCACACACGUUGUCUUUUCUUAACACUCCCCCCAUUUCUCGUUCUUCUCUUCGCUGUCUUUCUUUCUCCUCCCUUCUCGUUCACCCUCUCUCGCCUCUUCGAAUGCUAUUUGUCUUUGCACAUGGUGCGCACUGCCAUAUGGGCAAUCGUUCAUUCAGAUAUGUAGUUGAUUAAGAAUAACAGACCACACACACA